UAUCUCCCGCUAGAGACACCAACCUCGAUCCGUCUCAUCGUGAUCGAGCCGGGAGCGACGGACGCGCCCUUGGUAUGCAAGCUCGCCCACGUCGAUUUGUCCAUAAAUCCUCCAUACGAGGCAAUCUCCUAUGUUUGGGGCACGCCGGUUUAUUCUCACCAUUUUAGCUGCAAUGGUCGAAUCAUGCGAAUGACUGGGAGCCUUCACGAGGCGCUCCUCCGGGUCCGGCUUCCUGACAGGCGACGAACGAUAUGGGCCGACGGCAUUUGCAUCAAUCAAGCAGAUCUACAGGAGCGCGGCCACCAGGUGAAGUUUAUGCGGGACGUAUACCAAAAGGCUCACCGUGUGCUGGUUUGGCUGGGAUCGGAUCCUUCCAGUGUGGCUCCUGCAGUGUUCACUUCUUUUCGACGACUCAGCCAAGGAAAAUCGAUUUCUCCGAACGUCCCGUUUUCAAUAUUCGCGAGAUGCAAAUGGUUCAGCCGUCUCUGGGUUUUACAAGAGAUCAUCUUGGCGAAACGAGCUAUUCUC